UACUUAAAACUUGUUUUAAAAAUUAAAAUUACAUGUUACUAUUGUAGUUAAGUAUUUAAAAAUAAUAUUUACUUUACUCACUUUUAGCUGAGUCCAUUAAUAAACGUCAAUGGAUCUUUAUAAAUGUAAAUUUCAUUGAGAUAAACAAUAAACUCAAAACUUUCGUAUGUGUAAAUAAAAUCGGGACACUAAAAUAUUAUAAUGGAUGUAAAUAGUUCAUCAGCAGGAGUAUAUUAUGACGAUAUGCCUUCAGAAUCUCUAAAGAACGGAGAAUUUUUCUGUACAGAAAAAAUAACUCCAAGGAAUAUUAAGCCCCAAAACAUAGUGAUAAGGCUAAUGAACAGAGAAAUUUAUGGAUCAAGAAAACCAGGAUCACAUUUCCAUGUUGUCCGUGAAUUUUAUCAAAAUGUAUUUCCCAAUUUGACUAUAGUAAAUGUUGAAAAGCCUCCUUGUUUUUUGAGAAAAUUUAGUCCAGAUGGUAAACAUUUUAUUGCAUUUUCAGCUGAUCAAACAUCUCUAGAGAUAUAUGAAUAUAGAGGUGCUGCUGCGGCUGGGGAUCUUGUGGCCGGUUAUCCUUCUGACUUACUCAAUGCUGAUGCCAAUGCACACCAUAGAAUAAGGACUCAUAUUUUUUACAGGUUUUUUAAGCCAAAAUUUACGGUCAAUGUUUGCCAACAAAGAGCAUAUCUUUCUGGUCAACCAGUUAAUAGGACUGAAAGGAAUGCUGCUCAGCUUCCUUUUAUGGAACAGCAGUUGAAUAGAGAGUGCAGUUUGUUCACUGAAGACGGCAGAUAUGUCAUUGUUGGCUCUGCUGUGCAUAUUCCGGACGAUCUUCGACCCCAUUUUUAUCAUAUACAUAGUAACAAUGAAGCUGUCACUCCCACAAUAAGAUCUGCCUUGGAAGACUACUCUCUACAUCUAGUGGAUUUACAUCAAGGCAAAUUGUGUGACACAAAACAUUUCAGGACUGACAAGAUAUACCUCUCCCACAAUCAGGGGAUAUAUCUUUAUAAAGAGGUGUUGGCUGUGCUUUCCGUACAACAUCAAACAAUUCAUUUGUUUCAGAUAGUUGAAGGAAUGUUGAUUGAAAUUAGAAAGAUAGGAAGGUUUUGUUACGAUGAUGACCCAUUUAUAGUAAGUUCAGUGUUUGCUCCUCUUAUGAAUGAUAGACCCUUUCAUGAAGAGACUAUUAACAGUUUGAAACAUAGACUUCUUGUGUUUUUAUUUAAAAGAGCUAAAACAAUCAGUGAUGAUUCCCGAGACCCGUUGGAAUUGAGAAAGUUUUACAAAUACUUUGAUAUGUUCAAGAGCCUGAGGAUGUGGAAAAUGCAGUUGUUAGAUGAGGAUCAUCUGUUUAUCAAGUAUGCAAGUGAAGAAGUUGUUACAUUAAGAGUGGCAGAGCCCAAUAGCCAGUCAUCAUUCUUUGUUAUUUAUAAUAUAAGUGGCAGCAAGAUAUUGGAAGUGUAUGAGAAUACAUCAGAGAAUCUGUUACAAUUGUUUGAAAAUUACUGUGAUUGCUUUAGAAAUGCCCGAUUAUGUGCCGACUCACAAUUUACUUGUUCUCCAUCAAAUAACUUGUUUGCUAGACUUACACAACAGAGAUUCAAGCAGACUAUUGUACGAGCUAUUUAUGGAGGGCGAACAGAAGCAACUAAACGAAUAUUAGCCCAGCUACCAAUAAGUGCACAGUCAUACAGUGGUUCACCAUACUUAGAUUUAGGGCUGUUUAGCUAUGAUGACAAAUGGGUGUCUGUUAUGGAGCGACCCAAAGCAUAUGGAGAAUAUCCUAUCAGAUUUUAUGCACGUGAUUCCGGUCUACUUAAGUUUAAAAUAUAUGCUGGAGUUCUGGGCCAGACUGUUCCCGCCAGUGCUCGAAGACUCGUCGCAUUUACAUUUCACCCGACAGACCCGUUCGCCAUUAGUGUGCAAAGAACUAACUCUGAAUAUAUUGUUAACUUUCACAUAAGAAAUGCUGUGUUCAGUUGACACCCUUAUAUUUAUGUAUUAUUUGAUGUUACAUAAUUAUUGAACGUUUUGAACUCGUUUAUUUUACAAGUUGAUACUUAUUAGUGCAGAAUAGGAGUGACUACAUGUACUUCAUUGACAGGAAUUGCAAUGUUAUAGCGAAAUAAGCUCUUAUUGUUAAAGUAACUAAGUUUCAAAUUAAAUGACAGCUCUUGGCAUAUGCUACCUAUUGUAUGGAAGCUGGGUUAAUAACGCGCAUUGGAAUUGAAAUGUGCAUUUGUGAAGUCCACACUCUAUUGAACAUGGAAACGUGACGGUACGCAGCUUAUUGCGACAAAUAUGAAUUAAAAUUACAACAUAAUCAAGUAUAUUUUUGUAUGGUUAGCAGUAUUCCAUGCUGUUUUUUGUAAAAAAUGUAAAUAAUUUGAUUAGAAGUUUAUAUAAGGAUGAUAAAUUAUGGAUACUGAACAUGUAAAGUAAAAAUCGUUCAUUGAGCAGGGUAUGUAGUAGAGAUAUUAUUUUCCAUGUUGUAUAUGUGGGUCAUAUAAUUUAAUUAAUAUUAUAUAAUAUAAACGUAACUAUAAUUGUUCUUCCACUCGCUACAAGUAAUUAUUAAUGUAUCAUUUCUGCAGCUCUACUAAUGUAGAAUACAAUCAACGUUGUAUGAUAGUGUAUAUUGUAUAUUAUAUAUUGUAUAUAAAUUAUAAUUUUAUACUACUAUAUUAUAUUAAAUAAAGUCAUUUAAUGUACGUAUAUAAAAAAUAAAAAACACAUAGAGUUGAUAAA